AUGGCGCCAACCGCCACGAACACAGCCUCCACCACCACCUCUGCCGCUGGCGCUGCGGCCCCGACUUCGAGCGCCUCCACCUCUGCGCUGCCGACCAGUCUGGAAGAAGCAACGCAACGCUACCAUGCGACCAAACUGACGCUCCGCACGGGUCUCGCCAACAAACGUGUGAUCGAUCGAUCGCUGAUCGAUCUCGAAUCGCAGAUCUACCUGUUCGAAGGCUCGUACCUGCAAACGACGUCUUCGUCCGGUGGAAAUAUCGUCAAAGGUUUCGAUUCCUACCUCAAGAACUCUGCCUCCACCACCUCUCGUAGCGGCAACAGUCAGAAUCUGGGAGCGGAAGUGCCCGUAGAAGAUAGGAUCUUCAGUUUGAGCAGUGCAACGUACCAAAAGAGUUUGGAGUUGAAGGCGAACGAAGGGUUGCUCGACGAAGAAACCAAGACGGGGGAGUUGGAAUCGGAUACAAGUGCUACACCGGUAGUCAAGAAGAAGAAGGACAAGGAAGCGAUGCAAAGUGGAAGCAAGGAUUCGGCAGUCAAGAAGAAAAAGGACAAGGAGAGGAGUCAGACCCCGCAGGUGGGCAAGACCGGUGGGAAAAACGCCGAUGCCGGUGCCAAUGCAACAACAGCAGCUGGAAGCACCCCCACGAAAUCCACCACCGGCGGCGGAGGAGGAGGAAAAGCAUCAUCAUCAGCAGGAGCGGGCGGAGGAACAGCGACCAAGUUGAAGAGGAAGAAUACCGACGGCGCGGCGGCGGCUGCAGGCAGCAGCGGUGUUUCCACGCCUUCUGGUAAAGCGGUCAAGCGCAAGAAGGACGAUGAUUGA